CAAAAAACUGAAAAAAUGUUUGGUUCAUUUCGCACGCAAGGAGAGAAACAUCCGCGGCGCCCCCUGCAGUGUGCGGUUGGUGUUGCAGCCACGGCCACUGGCCCUCAUCGUUACAUUAAAAACAAACGUAAGGUUGGGAAGAAGGUAACUGAGACCCGAGAUUCAGUGCAGGACCAGACAAUGAGACCCGUUCUGGACCAAACUCCUGUUCAAUGCUUCACAGCUCCUGAGCUGGAAGACAGAGUGAGAGAGCUGGAGAGACUGCUCUGUAAGGCUAACAGAGAAUGUAAGCAACGGAGGCAGUCUAACAACAUCCUGCAAGCAGAGAACAACCAGAUGAAGAAGAUUUUCCAACAAAAGGAGAUGUUUCUGAAGGAGUCUCUUUCUGAUGCCCAGCUAAAACACCAGAAGGCUCUGGAGUCCAUCAGUCAGCUGGAGGAAGAGAAGUCAGAGCUGACAAAAUCGGUGAAAAAACUCCGUUCCACAGUGCAGGAGCUGGGAGAAGAGCUCUGUCACUCUCACCUUCAGAGUGAUGAGCUACAGAUUGAAUAUGAGCAACAGCAGGAGGCUCACAGUGCCCUGCUGCUGGAAAAUGAAGAGAUGAAGAAGGAGCUGAAACACAAAGAGGAAGUGCUGAAGGUAUCUCUGGCUGAUGCCGAGUUGAAGCACCAGAAGGCUCUGGAGUCCAUCCGUCAGCUGGAGGAAGAGAAGUCAGAGCUGACGAAACGGGUGAACACACUGCGGUCCACAGUGCAGGAGCUGGGAGAAGAGCUCUGUCACUCUCACCUUGAGAGUGAUGAGCUACAAAUUGAGUUUGAGCAAAUGCAGGAGGCUCACAGUGCCCUGCUGUUGGAAUUUGAAGAUAUGAAGAAGGAACUGAAGGUGUCUCUGGCUGAUGCUGAGCUGAAGCACCAGAAGGCUCUGGAGUCCAUCAGUCAGCUGGAGGAUGAGAAGUCAGAGCUGAAGAACCUGGUGAAAAAACUGCGGUCCACAGUGCAGGAGCUGGGAGAAGAGCUCUGUCACUCUCACCUUCAGAGUGAUGAGCUACAAAUUGAGUAUGAGCAAAAUCAGGAGGCUCACAGUGCCUUGUUGUUGGAAUAUGAAGACAUGAAGAAGGAGCUGAAGGUGUCUCUGGCUGAUGCCGAGCUGAAGCACCAGAAGGCUCUGGAGUCCAUCAGUCAGCUGGAGGAUGAGAAGUCAGAGCUGAAGAACCUGGUGAAAAAACUGCGGUCCACAGUGCAGGAGCUGGGAGAAGAGCUGUAUUACUCUCACCUUCAGAGUGAUGAGUUUGAGGAACAGCAGUCCGAGGUGGGGGCGGGGCUCCGCACGGUACUAGUAUCAACCGGCAGUGUUUGUGUAAACAAGGUCCAGCGUGUUCGUCCUUCUCAUCGUAAAGUCCACAUGCUGACGGAAUUUUGGGACCACUGUUUUGAGAUGCGCAUGGUUGAAAUCUCCGGCGAUAAUAAACAGACCGUCGGAUUCAGUGCAGGACCAGACAUGGGACGUGUUCUUGACCAAACUCCUGUUCAAUGCUGCGGAGCUCCUGAGCUGGAAGACAGAGUGAGAGAGCUGGAGAGACUGCUCUGUAAGGCUAACAGAGAAUGUAAGCAACGGAGGCAGUUUAACAACAUCCUGCAAGCAGAGAACAACCAGAUGAAGAAGAUUUUCCAACAGAAGGAGAUGUUUCUGAAGGAGUCUCUUUCUGAUGCCCAGCUAAAACACCAGAAGGCUCUGGAGUCCAUCAGUCAGCUGGAGGAAGAGAAGUCAGAGCUGACAAAACUGGUGAACACACUGUUUUCCAGAGGGCAGGAGCUGGGAGAAGAGCUCUGUCAUCUGUCUCACCUUGAGAUUGAUGAGCUACAGAUCGAGUAUGAGCAAAAGCAGGAGGCUCACAGUGCCCAGAUGUUGGAAAAUGAAUUGAUGAAGAAAAAUUUGAUACACGAAGUGCUGAAGGUGUCUCUGGCUGAUGCCGAGUUGAAGCACCAGAAGGCUCUGGAGUCCAUCCGUCAGCUGGAGGAAGAGAAGUCAGAGCUGACAAAACGGGUGAACACACUGCGGUCCACAGUGCAGGAGCUGGGAGAAGAGCUCUGUCACUCUCACCUUCAGAGUGAUGAGCUACAAAUCGAGUUUGAGCAAAAGCAAGAGGCCCACAGUGCCCUGCUGUUGGAAUAUGAAGAGAUGAAGAAGGAGUUGAUGCACAAAGAGGAAGUGCUGAAGUUGCCUUUGGCUGAUGACGAGUUGAAGCACCAGAAGGCUCUGGAGUCCAUCAGUCAGCUGGAGGAAGAGAAGUCAGAGCUGACGAACCUGGUGAAAAAACUGCGUUUCGUAGUGCAGGAGCUGGGAGAAGAGCUCUGUAACUGUCAUCUUCAGUUUGAUGAGCUACAGAUCGAAUAUGAGCAAAAGCAGGAGGCUCACAGUGCCCUGCUGCUGGAAAAUGAAGAGAUGAAGAAGGAGCUGAAACACAAAGAGGAAGUGCUGAAGGUAUCUCUGGCUGAUGCUGAGCUGAAGCACCAGAAGGCUCUGGAGUCCAUCAGUCAGCUGGAGGAUGAGAAGUCAGAGCUGACAAACCUGGUGAACACACUGCGUUCCACAGUGCAGGAGCUGGGAGAAGAGCUCUGUCACUCUCACCGUCAGAGUGAUGAGCUACAAAUUGAGUGUGAGCGACAGCAACUUGCUCACACCGACCUCCUGUUAGAGUGUAAGCAGACCAAAUGAAGAAGAGCAUAAAACUGUAUGAAGAGGAGUUUGAGGAACAGCAGUAGGCUUAGACCACCGUCAAAGUCUGAGCAGAUGUAUAAGGAGGAGCUAAAACAAUAAAUUAAAUUGUUCACAAUUCGUGUUCUGUGUUUUCUUCAA